GCAUCCCAUACUCAUGAUGCAAUCACUGAGGCUGCUCAACUGAUGAAAGAGGCUGUGGAUGAUAUCAUGGUUACCUUAAAUGAAGCUGCAAGCGAAGUAGGCAUGGUUGGAGGUAUGGUAGACUCGAUAGCAGAGGCAAUGAGCAAGCUGGAUGAAGGUACACCUCCAGACCCCAAGGGAACAUUUGUUGAUUAUCAGACCACUGUGGUGAAAUAUUCUAAAGCCAUUGCUGUAACAGCACAGGAAAUGAUGACUAAGUCGGUUACUAACCCGGAAGAGUUGGGAGGACUUGCAUCACAAAUGACCAAUGACUAUGGGCAUUUGGCUCUCCAGGGCCGAAUGGCUGCAGCUACAGCAGAACCAGAGGAGAUAGGGUUCCAGAUCAGGACUCGGGUGCAAGAACUUGGCCAUGGCUGUAUCUUUCUUGUGCAAAAAGCUGGAGCUCUCCAGAUUUGUCCUACAGACAGCUACACCAAAAGGGAGUUGAUAGAAUGUGCUCGUGCUGUCACAGAAAAGGUCUCUUUAGUUUUAUCUGCCCUUCAAGCAGGGAACAAAGGCACGCAAGCCUGUAUUACUGCGGCUAGUGCUGUGUCUGGGAUAAUUGCAGAUCUAGACACCACAAUCAUGUUUGCUACUGCUGGAACCCUUAAUGCCGAGAACAACGAAUCAUUUGCAGACCACAGUCAGGACAAACUGGCCCAAGCAGCUCAGUCAUCAGCUAACACCAUCACUCAACUUGCUGAGGUGGUAAAAUUGGGAGCUGCUAGCUUGGGAUCUGAUGAUCCAGAAACACAGGUUGUCCUGAUCAAUGCUAUCAAGGAUGUUGCAAAGGCCCUUUCUGAUCUCAUUGGUGCUACCAAAGGAGCUGCCAGCAAACCAGCAGAUGAUCCAUCCAUGUACCAGCUAAAAGGUGCUGCCAAGGUGAUGGUAACAAAUGUCACAUCACUUUUGAAGACUGUUAAAGCAGUAGAAGAUGAAGCUACUCGAGGGACAAGAGCUCUUGAGGCCACAAUUGAGUACAUCAAACAGGAACUCACGGUGUUUCAGUCAAGCGAGGUUCCAGAAAAGACAUCAUCACCUGAAGAAUCAAUCCGGAUGACGAAAGGAAUCACCAUGGCAACUGCCAAAGCUGUUGCAGCUGGGAACUCAUGCAGACAGGAGGAUGUGAUUGCUACAGCAAAUCUGAGCCGCAAAGCAGUAGCUGACAUGCUAACAGCUUGUAAG